UAAAAGUAAUAGUUUUACUUUAAUAUAUAAUGCAAAAAGCGUUUGAGAUUCAGAAAAGCGUUCGAGAUAAUGCCAAGACUUUCCAAACAUAUCUAACAGAUUUGCAAACUUGGGAGACAGAAAUGAAACGUAAAGAGGCCGCGCUUAACGGUGAUUUUGUUAAGGAUUUGCCUCCUGUGAGAAGUAAAAUAAAAAGAGAGAGGCCAGUAGAAGUAAAGAAGAAGCCAGAAAAAAGGAUUGCUGCAUCGGACUACCAAGCAUGGGAAAAAUUUGAUGUUGAAAAAGCAUGUGAAGAAGUAGAUAUGGCUGAAAUCGGACCAGUGUCCUUAGAUAGCAAGAAGAGUGAAAAAGACAAGCAGGAGAAGCUUCGUGAAGAAGCACAGUAUGAAAAAGAGAGGGGCAAUGCAUUUGUUAAGGAAGAGAAAUGGGAUGAAGCGAUCAAAUGUUACAACAGAGCUAUUGAGCUGAUCAAAGAUGACGCUAUAUACUAUGCUAACAGAGGGCUGUGUUAUCUCAAGAAAGACAGUCUACAUCAAGCAGUGGCUGAUUGUACAGCAGCUCUCAACAUAGACCCCACAUAUGUGAAGGCAUUACAGCGUCGUGCCACCGCAAGAGAACGCUUGGGGUCUCUCCGUGCUGCAACCGCUGACCUCACUGAAGUCAUAUCUCUGGAGCCCCGGAAUACUGCCGCUAAGAAACAACUAGAAGCUAUCAAGAUACGUAUGGGAACUAAAGGAUCUAAAUCAAAGUCAUCGCCGAACGCAGAACAAAACAACUGCCCAAAGACUCCAAAGAUUGUAGAGUUGGGUAAUAGACCAACUCUUGAUACAACACCCGCGAAGACUGCUUUGGAGAAGUGGAAGACGGGUGAAGGAGAAGACAUUAAUGUUAUGAAGCCAGUGAAGAAACCACCACAUUUGAGGUCUAAGAGAGCCUUAAAAACUAUAACCAUAGAAGAAAUAACUUUAGGCAAAAAAUGUUCAGAGAAACCUGCAACUCGUAUGAAAAUCAUAGAAAUUGAUAAUCAAGCUCAAGGUGAUAGCAACACUAUUGAUUCAAAUAAAACCAAAGUGACAAAAGUUAGUGGGAAGACAAAAGAUAAGAUUGAAGACGGAGACUCAAACAUAACUUCGGAAUCUAUAAAGAUAAAAGAUGAAAAUGUAAAAGAUAAAGUAGAAAAUGAAGAUAACAUAAUUGCAGAAUCUUUGAAGAUAAAUGACUUAAAGGUAAAAGAUAAGAUUGGAGAUGGAGAUUCAAAUGUAACUCCGGAAUCUUUAAAGUUGAUUAUUGAUGAGGUGACAUCGGAAAAGGAGUGCAUUCGGGAUUUAGUGCCCCCGGUCAAUAGUGUGCAAUUUAUGGCAGAAUGGAAGAAUUUAAAAGGAAAUAAUACAGCUAGAAGCAAAUAUAUGAGUAUAAUUGAACCGACAAAAAUACCAUCAAUCUUUGAGAAUGCUUUAGAAAGUGAUGUAUUGUCCGAGAUUCUUCAGAUUUUGUCACAAGAUAUGGAAGUGUUUAGCGAGAAAACUGUAACCGCAUAUCUGAAAGGAUUGGUCAGAGUUAAAAGGUUUUCCGCUUUAGCAAUGUUCCUCUCUACUACAGAUAAACAAUGUCUGAACAAACUAUUGGAGCAUUGCAAAAAUGUGGAGAAAUCUGCCGAAGAAGAUAUUCUUGAUCUGAAGAACAAAUUUGAACUUUAAUUUACUUUAAAUAAUAAACUUUAGUUUUUUUUUAAUUUACCCUUGAUUUCCACUAUUGAAAACAUAUUGCAAAGGAAGUGACUGUGGGUUUUCUGAGACGCAAAUUCCUGUUUAAAACUAUAUCUAUGCUUUAUACAGAGAUUUUAGUCUCCAAAACCUACGUAAAGAAGGUCACUGACCUCAAUAUUACACUGGACAGGCUAUAUGUGAAGUAUUUUGUGCCAACUUGAUUUUCACCAUUUUGAUGCUGACAUGUGUGUUGGAAACAUAAACUAAUAGAAAAAGCAUUAGCCAACAGUAACUUCGAUUGGCAUUUUUAAGCUGAAAAGAAGCAAACUUAUUUUUAAACCACAUCUGUCCUUCGGAUGUCUGGAGGUCAGUAGUUUGAGUUUCAACAGUGGAAACCCACGUUUAAAUUGCAAUCGAUUCAAAUUCUGUUUUGUCAUUGAACAGGAUAAUGUAGUUCAAGGAAUAGUCCGUUUAUUUAAUAUAAAAUAAUAUAAAUAUU